AUGGCGGCUGCGUUUCGCCCCGUCAACACCCCACUCGCAGCGGAAAUUUCCAGGCAGGACAUCAUGUCACCGAAAAACUCGUCUCCUCGUCCCAGCACAGCACCGCAGUCUCAGCUACAGCCCGCACUCUCGCCCGACGAUGGCAAGACGCCAACCCGAGCUACCUUUAGCAGCAUCAAUAUGGCCAGCCAGAGGCCUUUGCCGCCGAGUCCAUUUCCCCAAGUGACGCCCGUUGCUGAGUCUCCCGAGGACGCCCUGCACCACGACGGCUCACAGCAUUCUACCAAAUCGCCCAACCGAAACUCGCUGGACGUAGAUAUGGACGACUCGGAUGGAGACAUGGUCGAUGAUGGUGUUGGCUCCGAUGGCGAGAGCGUGAAUGCGGAUGGAUCAAGGUCAAAUAAGAAGAAGAAGUCUCAGCGCUUCUACUGCACCGACUAUCCACCAUGUAACCUGAGCUUCACACGGAGCGAGCACUUGGCUAGACAUAUACGAAAACACACCGGAGAGCGACCUUUUCAAUGCCACUGCUCCAGGCGGUUCUCCAGGUUGGAUAACCUGAGACAACACGCUCAAACUGUCCACGUCAAUGAAGAUAUCCCCAUCGACUCUCUUGCGGCUACUGGUUCGAGAUUUCAACGGCAGAUUAGGACCGAUAGGGUUCGUCAAGCCGGUAACAGGGCGAGAGCGUCCACUGGUGGCAGCGCUGGCGGUCCUGUUCGAGGACAUUCCAAGUCUCUCUCAACCUCCAGCAUCUCCAGCAUCGCGUCUGUGGCAUCGGCCUACAGCCCUCAAAAUGAUCCUCGUCGACGGCCUCCCCCUCUUGUCAUGGCAGCUGAUCCCCGCUCCAGGCUGUCUAUGGAAUCCUACCGCAGCAGCACCGACAGCACCUUUUCCUAUCGACCUCAGUCACCCGGAGAUUUCAGCACCCCGACGUCUGCCACUUUCUCAACCGCCCAAAGCAGCCCGCGAUGGGGCUCUAGUGUGGCGUCUCCAGCGUCACACUCUCACUCGCGAUCUCAGAGCAUGUACGUCGUGGGAUCUCGGACUCCUGGCCGUCGGUUGAGCGUUCCGUCAGGCGCCAACCCAUUCCAGUUCAGCCAGGUUCAGCCUCCGGGUCGCUCGACCGUUGGGCCCCACCUCAUGAACAGCUCCCAUGCUGCAGCCUUUCAACCUCCAAAUGCGAAUAUGGUUUCGUCACCAACCGUUUCGCCUUCUGUGUUUUCUGGCAGAAGAGAGUCCAUUGCGAGCACAGGCGAGGAGGCAUGGCGGCGGCGAACCUGGCAUCCUGAUAGCCGUAGCUUCGGCAGUACUGCCCAGCUGAACGCCGCUCUCAGCCAGUCCGUGCGGCCAAAUCCCCCGCCGCCUAUUGCGAAUCCAACAGGCCCCCAGUCCAACCUUCGCCUUCCUGGCAUCGAGUCUUUUGACCCUCUCCCUCGUUCAGCCUCGCCCCCGAGGCGUAACGCAUCCCCAAUGACUGUUGACUCUGAACCUGCCCUUCGACCCCCAGUGAUGGAGGCCAUUCAAGCUGACGAGAGGCGCAACCUCAACAUGUAUGACGUCAGCUUGCAGCGCGGUUUGGGUCGUCUUGACAUAGGACACAAGACUCCUCCUCGCGACAGUGCCGGAAUAUGGGCAUCUGAAGUCCACAAAGCGGUCCAAAACAAGGUUGACCAGGCACGCCUGAACCCACCAACGGUCCGAUUUGAAGAGCAGUCAAGGCCAAGCCACCAGGUCCAACCUUCGGCCACACCGGGUCGAUCCUUUCACCAGCAUACUAUGUCUGCUCCUACCCUUGCUAGGGAACCAAGAGGCCAUGGAUGGCACCAAUCGCCUCAAGACAUGCGGAACCCCCAUGUUGAUCGGAUGGUGCACCCCAACUUCAAUGGCUUUGCUGGUUUUCCGGCACGAGAGUCUCAAGAGCAUCAACAGCAGCAGCAUUACCAUCAGCAGCAGCCGCUCCAACAGCAGCAAAUGCAGCAGCAACAGCAACAGCAGCAGCAACAGCGUCAACAACAGGAACGCUCAAAUAACCCUGAUUCGUUGAGACGACUCGAAGCUUUGGUGGCCGUUGCCACCAGCGAAGGCUCCAACACCGCCGCCGCCUACUAA